CCGGGUGGCUGCAAUAUGGCGGAGGCGGAAGGGGAGAGUCUGGAGUCCUGGCUGAAUAAAGCUACCAAUCCUUCCAACCGCCAGGAAGACUGGGAAUAUAUCAUUGGCUUCUGUGAUCAAAUCAACAAAGAGCUUGAAGGGCCCCAGAUUGCUGUGCGACUCCUGGCCCACAAGAUCCAGUCUCCACAGGAAUGGGAGGCAGUGCAGGCCCUCACGGUGCUGGAGGCAUGUAUGAAGAACUGUGGCAGGAGACUUCAUAAUGAAGUGGGGAAGUUCCGGUUUUUGAAUGAAUUAAUCAAAGUCGUCUCUCCAAAGUACUUGGGAGACAGGGUGUCUGAGAAGGUGAAGACCAAGGUCAUCGAGUUGCUUUUCAGCUGGACACUGGCCUUGCCUGAAGAAGCAAAGAUCAAAGAUGCCUACCAUAUGUUGAAAAGACAAGGCAUAGUGCAGUCGGAUCCCCCUAUCCCUAUGGACAGAACGCUGAUCCCCUCUCCCCCACCUCGUCCCAAAAACCCUGUUUUUGAUGAUGAGGAGAAAUCCAAGCUGUUAGCCAAGCUGUUGAAGAGCAAGAACCCAGAUGACCUGCAAGAAGCCAACAAACUCAUCAAGUCCAUGGUGAAGGAAGAUGAGGCGCGCAUCCAGAAAGUGACCGAGCGCCUGCACACGUUGGAGGAGGUGAACAACAAUGUCAAGCUGCUCCACGAGAUGCUGCUUCACUACAGCCAAGAGUGCUCGUCAGAGGCCGACAGGGAGCUCAUGAAGGAGCUCUUUGAUCGUUGUGAGAGUAAGAGACGGAUAUUAUUUAAACUAGCCAGCGAGACAGAGGACAAUGACAACAGUCUGGGAGACAUCCUGCAGGCCAGUGACAACCUGUCCAGGGUCAUCAACUCUUACAAAACAAUUAUUGAAGGACAGAUCAUCAAUGGUGAGGUGACCACCUCAACCAUGCCUGACUCUGAAGGAAACAGCUACUGCAGUAACCAAGGCACCCUCAUCGACCUUGCUGAGGUGGACACCCCUGGCAACUCAUCCCCAGUGUUGGCCCCAACACCUGCCCCACCCACCUCAGGCAUCCCUAUCCUCCCUCCACCCCCCCAAACCUCUGGGCCUCCACGAAGCCGUUCAUCCAGCCAUGCUGAGGCUCCCCCAGGGCCUGACAGGACGAACAAUGCCCUCUCCUUGCUGGAUGAGGAGCUCCUCUGUUUAGGCCUUACUGACCCAGCCCCUACUGCUCCCAAAGAGUCAGCUGGAAACAGUCAGUGGCACCUGUUCCAGAAUGAACCAUCAUCAGAUCUGGACUUCUUCAGUCCCAGGCUAGUGCCUGCGGCCUCUUGCCCCUCAGAUGGAUCCCUGCUCCCUCCCCCAGUUUCUACCUCAAGUAUGUCCCAAGCUCCACUGCCUGCUGCCUUCCCAGCUCCUAUGGUCCCAGCUAUUGCACCAACCCACAGCACUGGUUCCUUCAUGUUUUCUUCUGGACCUGCUCCAGCCUUGGUUCCAAAGGCUGAGCCCGAAGGCCCAGAAUACCCCAGCUCCAGCACCUCGCACCGCCUAGAUGCUCUUGACCAGCUUCUGGAAGAGGCCAAAGUGACCUCAGGCUUGGUGAAACCUGUUUCUUGCUUCUCUCCUGGGCCCACUGCCUCCCCGCUGCUUCCUGCCUCUGCCCCAGCCAGGCCUCUCAUGUCCUUCUCCGCUGGGCCUGGAAGCCCUCUCUUCCAGUCACCGGCCUUCCAGUCCCAAGGCAGCCCUCAGAAGGGCCCAGAGCUCUCCUUGGCCAGUGUCCAUGUGCCCCUGGAAUCGAUCAAGCCUAGCAGUGCCCUUCCCGUGACAGCCUAUGAUAAAAAUGGCUUCCGCAUCCUUUUCCACUUUGCUAAGGAGUGUCCGCCAGGACGGCCUGAUGUGCUGGUGGUAGUGGUUUCCAUGCUGAAUACAGCUCCCUUGCCAGUCAAGAGCAUAGUGCUGCAGGCCGCAGUGCCCAAGUCAAUGAAAGUGAAGUUGCAGCCACCCUCUGGGACAGAACUUUCUCCAUUUAGUCCUGUCCAGCCACCUGCAGCCAUCACCCAGGUCAUGCUGCUGGCCAAUCCAAUGAAGGAAAAGGUGCGGCUUCGGUAUAAAUUGACCUUUGCUCUGGGGGAGCAGCUGAGCACAGAACUGGGUGAAGUGGACCAGUUUCCUCCUGUGGAACAGUGGGGGAACCUAUGACCCCAGCAAAUGCUGCCAUCUCUACUUGGAAGGCAGGCAGCCCUGAGACAGGCUCUGGCUAGUCCAGCCACUGUACACCCUGGAUAGUGUUUACAGCUUGGUGUGGAUCAGGGCCCUGGACACUUCUGUCAGGAACCAAGCUGCUGCUUUGGUCAUCUCUUCCUGGGCCCCUAAAAGGACCUGUUUUAUCUACCUGUGUGACUUGAAGUAGCUGUACUGUGUGGGUGGGGAGUUCCCUGUGGCUUCAUUGGUCACUCUGGGAUGGUGGACUCUGGGCGUGGAAUAGGAUUUCCCUUUUUUUUAACUGGCAUUCCUUGAUACCAGGAGAGGGCUCUGAACAGUGCCUCUCCAACCCCUUCAAGAACUACGUCUUUACGCCCCUGCUGCUCCUGAACUCAAGUGGGCAGCAGUGGCUCAGAGUGAGCCCUGUGGAGUACUGUAGUCUUCACUCUCUGCAAGCAGCAGCAUCCUGCAGUGGCUAAUGAGUGAGUGAUGUGCUUACAGUGGCAGGUUGUGUCCUAUGGACACCGUAGCGGGACAGGGAACUUGGCCUGAUAGCUUCAACUAGGGACAGGAAGGAAGACAGAAGUGCCAGUGUUUCCCUUCAGAAGCAGGUACUGUGGCUUUCUGAGAAAGGCGUACCUCUUGCAGUGGGAAUAGGCCAUCCUCCUCACUACCUCUUGCUUGGCAUGAAAUAAACUGCUGUGCUCCCCAUAAGCCUUUCAGGGGAAGACACCUCUUGCCACUCUGCAUCCUGCUUUGGUUACUCCCUCUUCCUGCCACACAGAAUGUGGUGUGGCACCUAUGGCUGGACCCAGAAAGUCUCAGGGUCACACACAUUGCACUAGACUUUUAUGUCCUUUUGUGCUGCACCCAAUACCCACUUUUCCCCAGCUAGAGAGGGGCACUGUCAGCGACAUGUUGGGUCUGGAUGUGAUGAGAUCUGUGCUUGAACUGAGUUACCAGACCCUAUUGCUUCUGCAGUGCUGUGCCUCAGCUAGCAUGACCCAGCGGCUCCAGGCCAGAGACUUUCAAGCCGAUAGGGAACUCAGCUGCUGGAGGAGUUGGGAAAGGGUCAGCAGCAGUCCACUGUGCUCAGCUGUCUGUAUGAUGUGUUCCCACGACAUCUUUGAGCAUCCUUGCUCUGUCUAGAGGUCAUCUGUCCUUAGCUAGCAGGUUUUACAGUUUCCUUAAGUCAAAAAAAAAAAAAGAAUCAUUUUCACUAAUGAUGGAAUAAAUCCAAGAGCUCUCCAGAGCCUGGUUGCUUCGGUGCUGGAGCAUCUAUGGGAUUACUAUAUCACUACAGUCUUUAAAUAGUUCAAUUAUGAGUGUCACUACUACUGAGGUCACUGCUUCAGUCAACAGCUGUACUGGAUGUACCACAUCCUGCCCUUGUUUUGCUGCAUGUGAAAUAAAACCCUUUUACCCUG